AUGAUUUCUUGGUGGUCGAUUUUAUCAAAGGCGCACCUUAGACGACACAGAGGUAAAUCCAUUGGCCGUGGCGUUGUCUGCACGGACCCUGAGGCGCAGGUUGUGAUCGCACUUGAUGUCAAACUCGUUUCUAAACAACAUCUCUUCAGGACGGAUGUCCAUCGUGUUCGCGGUGCCGCUGAAGACAUACUCGCGGUCCUCGGGAUAGGCAAUCUAUCCAGUGGCAGCCCCGUAGAGGACGGUACCACCCCAAGUGUCGAUGUGGAUGGUGAAGCCUCUGGCGUCGAUAUCACUGGCGUAGGUUUUCGCCCUCCAAUCGCAAUCUUUGUGAAUGUCAAGCAUGUUGAAGAAACAGAUGAUCUUUGGAGGGGUGACAAAAGGACGCGAGAAGUCGAUGCGACGUUGAGUAGUGACCCAGCUUUGGCUGGGCGGGCGGUCCUCUUCGGUGGAGAACCGACCGCACUGGUAUUCGAGGUGUGCAGGGCUGAUGACGAACCAAUUGACGCCACCAGAGUGAAAUGUGGUGGGCCCCUACGAAUCGAGGUGAACGGUGAAAGAUUCCCUGGAUAUGUUCGUGGCGUGAGCACUGAUGCGGAUGUUAGCCGCGCAGCUUAUAUCGAGCGAGCUUAG